GAGUUACACGGCAAACAGUAAAGUUUACUCCAAGAACCCGUCAAUGAAUUCUGAAAACAGAUGGAUUAACUGAGCAAUAUAGAGGAUUUUUAUACAGGAAAAUGAUAGUAAAUGAAACAUAGUGGUAUACUUUGUGGAGCUGCGUUGCACUCCAGUAUGAUCAGGGCAAACUGCCUUCGCUACCACUCUUGAUAUGUCGAGCCUUGGAGCGUUUGUUGGUGGGCCCCUGGGAGAGGAAGAUGUGGAAGAGUUACGCUCCGAGCGUUCCAUACGAGGACUCAAGUCUCAAGAAGAAAUCGAGAGACUCACAGUUGACGAGAGUCUGGAUGACAUCGAACGGGCUGUGUUACUGUUGAGUUCUGGAGUGGAAAUCCAAAAGCUCAGUAUUAUAAAUAACUUGCCCAAACUCCUAGAAAAAAACAAUGCUGAUGUUAAUAGGAGAGUUGUACCAGUUCUUAGGGAUUACCUGUACAUUGCUCCUCUUCAUGUCCAACUGGAAGCCACAAAGUCUUUUUCAAGUAUCAUUCAAAAUGGCACAAUACCAGCAUAUAUGUUUUCUUCAUCUUUUUUGCCGAUCAUACUGCACAACCUUGACAACAGGGAUACUGUUGUUUCAAAUGCCUGGCUCGAAACUCUCUUGACGUCCAUUGAUUUCCUUCCCAAAGAUGUCAUCAAAAGAGAGGUCCUUGGUAUUGCCAUCUCCAAGGGUCAGCUUUCCCAGACAGUAAACUGUAGACUGGCAAGCUGCAAGCUGCUGGGUCAAAUUGCUCCAAAGUUUGAAACUUACUGGAUUAAGAAAGAGUUGAUGGGUUUGGUAGCAUCAUUGUGUCAAGAUGUUGACUAUGAAGUCCGAGCUUGUAUGUGUCAACAGCUGGAGACUAUAGCAAGAGCUCUUGGGCUGGAAAGUACACAAAGUAUUAUUAUCCCUGAGCUGGUUGAGCUGACGAAUGAUGAGGAGACGAGUGUUCGACUAGCUGGACUGGAAACAAUCACAAACCUGCUCAGUCUCCUUGAUGAUGGUGAGGAUACCUGUACAGCUGUUAUAAUUCCUUUGGUUCAGAAAUUCUGUGAUGAAAUUCCUAAACAGUCUUCAGAAUCACUUCUCACAGUAGCACGGCUGUUUGGAAAACUUUCCUAUGGCUUGUCAGUUAACCUUGACGACAGUAAAAAGAGAUGGUUCUUAGAGUUCUACAAGAGAAUGUGCUACUGCGGCAAUCCCAACAAAAAUAACAGAGUAGGCAGUGUGACGCUUGCACUUCAGAGUUCUGUUUUGUCUGGCGCCACCAUUGAUGAUGACCCUGAAGCAGAAUGCCGAAGAUGCUGUGCAUUCAAUUUCCCAGCUAUGCUGCUGUUCUGUGGUGCCCCUGGUUUUCAAGCCGAGCUCUCCGCCACAUUUCACUCCCUUGUUGAAGAUCCUCACGCUCUGGUCAGAAGAACUAUAGCAUGUGGAUUUCAUGAGGUGGCAAAACUUUUAGGAACAAAUGUUGGUACAAUUCAACAAGAUUUAAGUGUAUUAUUAAAGGAUGAAUCUAUAGAGGUACUAGAAGGUCUUAUACCAAAUUUACCAGGGAGUUUAGAAUGUUUAGCGAGUGGAGGUCAUUCAACUAUGGCAGAUACCAAGCUCAAUAAUUUGUCAAAUCUUAUUCCAUCACUGAUUGCUUCUGAGCUCGCGGUGGACUCGUCAAGCAACUGGCGCCUCCAUGUCCAAUUAUUAGAAAAGUUUUCAUGCUUCCCCAAGUGUCUGACGUCGGAUCAGAUUUACUACAAGUUUGUACCGUUGUUCUUCAGACUGUUAUCAUCAAAUCGUGUUUUACCUGUCAAGUUGGCUGCAGCACACACAUUAUGCGUUUUCAUCCGAUACAACAGAAGAUUUGAACAAAGACAAGAAUUGUGUUGUAGACUAAUACAAGAAUGCGGAAGAGGAAAGAGCUACAGAAGUAGACUAUUAUUCAUAGAUAUUUGCAAGUUUAUAAUGGAAUUAUUUUCGCGACGAUUCUUCAAGGAGAAUUUCUUUGAAUUUUUAUUAGAAUUGGGCUCGGACCCUGUGUUAAAUGUAAGAUUAAAGUUUUGCACAAUUCCGCCGCGCCUCAAAUCUUUGUUAAAAUUACCGUCAGACAGGCAUUUGUUACAGCAGCUCGAGCAAUGCAUCAGAAAACUUCUAAGCUCUGAAAAAGAACCUGAUGUGUGCAAUGCCGUCAGAGAGGCUUUUAUGAAGCUAGAUAAAACAAAGUACGAAGAUGACAAGAUGGACCAACAGAAGGAAGAGGAGGAAAGGCUCCUAAUAGUCAUAGAGGAGAAAGAGCGAGAGGAACUCGCUGGUGCAAACAAAGUUUCAGAUCCUAGAAAGAAAGGAACCAAAGAUGACAAGACUAGAAAAGCUGUCGCUACUAAAAGUAAAAGUAAACCUGAGAGUCACGUGCAGCUAAAGCGAACUCCUUCCAACUCUGGCUCCUCUGCUACCGGCACGGCCAAAGCUUCUCAGAAGACCGCUCCACAGAGAAACCUGGGGUCCAAAGGUUCACCUUCAUCUAGUCUUCAGAGACUACCCAACCUAUCCUCAGCCCUCCCCGCCACUGCCGGACCAAGCACCACCGGGUCUUGGAAAGGAUCUAAUGCUAGCACCCCAACGGCACGAAGCUCCGUCACGUCCAGUACGGUGAAAACAACCGGCAAGACAACCAAGGAGAAAACGAGCGACAAAACUGUAGCUGGAAAGAAUAAAAAGUCGAUAUCAGUUAGUUCCGGAAAUUCGUCGCGAGGAGGUUUCUGACAACAGGAAGGAUAUUCUUCACAGAGAUGCGACCGUCUGUGUGACCAUACAUGGAGUAUUGAGGAUUUACUUCCAACUGCGCCAAGGACAGGAUGGGUUACUCAAGACUAACACGUGAUAUCCAGCAAACCAGGGCAUCGGGAAGAGAUUACAAUGAAUAUACGAGACUUAUUUUUGUAGCUUUGUAAAACGUGGUCCUUCUAGACUGUGUAGUAGUCUUCCUGGCAUCCGUUGCGUUACUUAUACGCGUUGCAUGACGAACCUGUGAUGAACGUUUAAUGUCACGCAAUAGCCACGGUAGAGUCACGCGUCUCGUUGGAUAACUGCAUGUAACGGACAUUUUGAAUCCUCGGUUAGUUCUAAAGUUGUAAAAUUUUUCCCAUCGAGAAAUAUCGGUUGGAGAAUCGAGCGUCAUAAAAAUAGUUCAGAGUAACUGGACAAUUACUUAGUUCUUUGUUGAAUUAUAUUCUUUGCUCGAAUAACAACCACUCUUUUGUAAAUAGUGUCUAAAAUUCUUCAUCUUUCUAGUCGAUAUAUUUUAACUAUACUCUGGCGUCUAAAAAUAUCCUUUUUAGUAAAGAAUAUUUAUAUUUGACCUUCAAGUAACCAGUUCGCACAGUCAGUUAUGCAAGUUAACGAAGUGAGUCCAGUCAUCUCACCAUUGAGGAUAAACGCUUCUAAAGUUAUGACAAUUAAAAUAUCUGCUUCAAUG